UCUUCGUCUCCGUUUCGGUGGCUUUGCGUACUCGCGACAUGGGAUCGGUUUCCUUUUUCCUCCUGCUUCUCAGAAAGUCUCUCCGCCCGGAAACCUGGCAAGCCUGGUUUGAGCCUUUUGAGCCUCUCUCUUUCUCUAUUGGUCUCGGCUUUGCUAUCCGAUGCCGAGUGACAGACGAAAUUGCGGUACCCGUAUUGCUGUGAUCCACGGGUGCCAAAAAAGGGUCCAAACGGACGGGUUGGCCGUUCACUCUGGGCUGCCUCUAGCCAAGCAACAUCCAUGGAAUGCCAACUCUAUUGCCCUGAUGCACCAGCGUGUUCCCCAGUGGCAACGCAGGACGCAGUCACUCAGGCGAAGCUUUGCGCUUCCCCACGCCCCCCCAAUAGGUCGUUAGUCGUCACCGGCUUGUCAUGGGCGCGCUGACGACGCUGCUUUGCGACGACUCGGAACCCCAGAUCCAGGCACCUGUUUAACAACCAUUGGAUACACGGCACACCACACACAGCCUCAUGGGGCACAUGUGAUGUUCGGUCGAGACACGCCGCACAUGUCUUUCAGGCCGCAGCGGACUUAUGCUUGGCUGCGUGACUGCGUAAUUACACACGUAUAGCCUUUAUUCUGGGCAGGCCGCAGUUUCAAGUACCCUCUUUAAAAGAGUGUCCCUCCCCAGUUCGACAUCCACUGUAAGCUCUUGGGUCCAAGACUUCCUCCCUUCGCCAACAACCUUCCCCCCCUCCACACUCUUACCGUACGUGAUGGGAUCAUUACCGGAACGCGACAUGGCUCCGAAUAUCGACUCGGCGCUGGGUACGGCCGACAUGGCCAACGAGCAGCGUGGCCUGCUCGAGCUCAUUGACAAGCUGCAAUUUGCCCAGCUCGACAAUGUCAAGCUGCCCCAAAUCGUCGUCGUCGGCGACCAGUCGGCUGGAAAGAGUUCCGUCCUCGAGGCCAUCACCGGCACGCCCUUCCCCCGCGAUGCAGGCGCAUGCACGCGCUUCGCGACCGAAAUCCGUCUACGCAGAUCCAACGAGCCGAGCCUCAACGUCUCCAUCAUCCCCGACAAGAACAAGACUUUCAAAGAGCAGGAGCGCUUGAAGCAAUUUGGCGGCGCCGUCGAUGUCGACAUGUCGUUCGAGUCGCUCAUGAGGUCGGCUGUGGACCUGAUUGCGCCAAAGAAUAUUCCCGGCAGGUUCGCCGCCCGUGAUAUCUUGGUGGUCGAGAAGAGAGGCCCCGACAUGCCUCUGCUCACGCUGGUCGAUCUGCCUGGUCUCGUCAAGAACGCCAACAACGACCAGUCGAUGGACGAUAUCAAGACCAUCGAGACCCUCUGCGACCGCUACAUGAAGAGCUCGCGCACCAUCAUCCUCGCCGUCGUUGGCGGCAACACAGACUACGUACAAGCGCCUAUCCUUACCAAGGCGCGCCAUUUCGAUCCAUCUGGCGGCCGCACCAUCGGCGUCCUGACAAAACCCGACCUCUGCGAGUCCAUCGGCCUCGAAGACAAAUUCAUCGAGCUUGUCCAGAACAGGGACAAACAGAACUACUUCAAGCUGGGCUGGUACGUCCUCCUAAACCCGGGUCCCCGCGACCAGGGUCAACCAUGGCCAUCAGCGCGCGAACGCCGCCAGCGUGAGGAGGAGUUCUUUGGCCGUGGCAAGUGGCGCGCCCUGCCCAGCUCAAUGUGCGGCGCCAACGCCCUGAAGCAGAAGCUCAGCGUUCAGCUGCAACGCCACAUCGGCCGGCACGUCAAGACGUUGCGCAAGCAGAUCCAGACGGCGCUCGACGACUGCGACACGGAGCUCAAGUCCAUGGGCACCGGCAAGGACACGGUUGAGGAGAUGCGCAUCGAGCUCGUCGAGCUCUUUUCGGCUUCCAAGGAGUUGGUCAUCCCAGCCGUCUACGGUUUCUACAAGAACCCUCCACGCAAGAACUUCUUCCGCGCGACGGCAGACCCUCGCGGCACGCCCGCUCAGAACUUGCGUGCACGCGCUAUUGAAGAGAAUGAGAAAUUCUCACAUCGAAUCCGCCAAAACGGCCGCAAGUUCGGGUUCUCGUCCUCGACAGCACCCGGCACCGCGGACGGCGUCACCAUCAGCGAGAGCAGUAAGAGAGAGUUCGUCGGCAGGGAAGUCGAGAUGCUGCUCCGCCAGAUUCGCGGUUCCGAAUUCCCCAUGGACCCCAAGCCCCGCGCUGUCUACAUGCUCUUCCAAAGCUACUCGGAGAACUGGCCCAAGCUUGCGCAGGAACACAAGGAUAACCUCGGCGUUGUGUGUAACGAGUUCCUCAGCGAGGUCAUUGACUUCGCGUGGCCGCAACGCAUGCGCGAGCCGCUGCGCUACCAGUUCCUGGAUGUGCAGAUGAAGAAGCUGAUGUCGGAUGCGCAGCAGGAGCUCGAGCACCUCACGCAGGACAUGAACCUCGAGAUCCAGCCUUACGACCCCGAGUACGAAGAGCGUCUCCGCAAGUGGCAGAUCGAGUCUAGCAAGGACGGUGCCACCUACACCGAGGCGCAGGAGGUGUGUGAGAAGAUGUUGAUCUUCUAUGAGCUGGCGGCCAAGACGUUCAUCCGCAACACCAUCACACAGGUCGUCGAGAGACAUCUGCUGCAGGGCAUGUACAGCAUCUUCAAUUCUGUUGAGAUCCUGAGCAUGCCGAACGAGACUGUCGAGGCGAUUGCCGCCGAGAACAAGGAGACGCGUGAUCGCAGGAUGACGCUCAAGACGCAGAAGACGGCGAUUGAGGAAGCCCGCGACAUCUGCGCCAGCUUGGCCAUGCGUAAGGAGCUGAGGAUGUACGCCGAUGAAGACCGCGACCUUGAGGACAACAGUUCCGACUCAGACGAAGACAAACCUCGUCAGACAACGACGCGAAAGCCGGUCAACAACACGACCACCUCCUCCAACACGAUCCCGAGCCGGGAAACAAACCGUUCGACGCGCUCUCGUGAUGAACGCGAGGAACGUUACGAGCGCCCGGCAGCACGGACGCAGCCCUCUGCCGCCGAGUCUCUGGCGACCAACGGCAACCACGGCUACAGCAGUCAACAGACGCCCGCACAAGCCCCUCCCCCUCCUCCUCAGGCGCAGGCCCCCGCUCCUCAUCGAGUUGAACGGGCGGAGCCUCCACGCACGAACACGAGCAACUCGGAGUGGGAAGAAGAGUACUACAGGGCGCCCUCGCAGCAGGGGGCGCCUGCGCAGGCACCCCCGCCCCCUCCCCGGCCUCAGAAACUGAGGCCUGAGGAGGCGGCGGCGUCGGACGCGUACAGCCACCGCUCGGCAUCGUCCGUAUCGGAGCAGCAGCAUGUGAACGGAUACGGCAGCUAUCACGACCAGAGCGAGUAUGCGCCGUCGUCCACCAGACGGGCGACGGCCAAGAAGCUGUUUGGUAGAGGCUAGAAGUGAGUAGCCAAACGAGUGUGAAUUUGUGUGCAGGAUAUGGGCAGACAAGCGAUGUUGGCGUUCAUCUAGAGUUCUUAUUAGACGGCGGUCCUUGGAAAGCGGUUUGGAGUAUGCCAUGUGCACCUGGUCAAGAAGUUAGAUGUAGCAUGAUACCAAUCAACAAUAUACACACAAAGACUC